AUGGCAGCCCGCUUCGACCGGCUCAUCAGGUUCAAGAACACUGCCGGACAGAUCUACUAUGGUGAACUUGGGCUGGAAUGUCCAGCGUCAAAGGAAACGCUUGUGGGAAUGCGAGUCAAAGUGUUCGGCGGCGGACUACCAUGGGAUACGGGCUUUCAAUUGAGCUCCAUCGAAGAGGAAAUUGACGAGAUUAUUUGUCCUAUUCCAUGUACGCCUAUUUUUCAAUGUGUAGGCUUGAAUUAUCGGAAGCAUGUUCUUGAGGCAGGGUUUCCCAUAGAUGAAUUCCCAACCAUCUUCACGAAACCUCCAGAUGCUCUUGGUGGUCCAUACGAACCGAUUCCAAUCCAUGCCAGUUGCAAGUUUAUGGACUAUGUGGCUGAGCUCUGCGCAAUCAUCAGAAAAGACUGUAAAAAUGUCAUCACAGAUGAAGCAGCUUUGUCUUGUAUCUUAGGAUACACCGCGGGCAAUGAUAUCUCUUCGCGUUAUUGGCAAAUGCCAGAACGCUGUGGUAAUCAACACGGUCCAUCAAAGUCAUUUGACAAGUUUGCGCCCAUAGGACCCACGAUCUUGAGCCCAAGAGCCUUUCAGGAGAACUUCAACGGGCUGGCAAUCAAAACAUAUGUCAAUGAAGACCUUAGACAGGAUGCAAGAACCGAUGACCAUAUCUUCACAUUGGGAAAGGUCAUCUGCCACAUUUCACGUGGUGCGACACUGAGAAAAGGAACAGUCAUCAUGACUGGCACCCCGGCGCGUGUAGCAGCUUUCAUGAAGCCGCCACAGUGGUUAAAGGAUGGUGAUGUAGUCACCGUGAAAGUUGAAAAGAUUGGCAGCAUAUCGAAUGUUAUGAAAUUUGAGUGA